GUUUGACUGGCAAAAGAGACCUCGCAAGUGCCAUAUCCCAGUGUGAGACUACCGCUAUUAUUUCAGUGUGAGACUACUGACCUCUAGUGACCAUUAUCCUGUACGACAACGGCGAAUCACGUCUUCGGACUGUGAUAUUUGACUAAAUAGGCCGUCCCUUUACUUCAAGGAGUUAUUAUAAGCAACACAGAUUGAUUCAAGACUUUUUCUCACUCGCCGCACAUUAGAAUGAGAAAUUCAACGUACUUAUGUGACUUAUACAUUUCGGAUGAGUUCUAGUGGGGACAUGAUAAAUACCUUAUCUUGAGAACGGUACAGACGUCGCCAGCAGAGGGCGCUCUGUCUUUCUCUUCGUGCAGACAAUGCGAUGGUAAGCAGAAUUGAGAGGCAACAGCAUCCAAGGCAGAGGGCGUCGGAGAAGGGAAGAUGCGGGUCGCCAAUAGCAACAACCAUCUUUGAAAAAAAGGGAAAGAAAAAAAAUGGAUGAUACGUUAUGGAAGCCAGUCUGGAUAUAGGGAUGUAGCUUACAGGAUGACGCCGCCUUGCAGCUGUCGUUUUCUCGCCUUUCUUUUGUACUUCUACGUGCGGGGAAUAUCCAGUAAAUCCAUCGCGGAACAUGGAGCACUGGGAUCGUGGACUUCAGUGGGUACGUGGUCGAUACGGAAGGCAUUGUCUGUUGAUCUCGUUCUUUGAUGCAAUAAAGAGGUUCAGGUCAGAGUUCAAGUCUUUGACAGCAGUGACCUUUCACCCCUGUCGCACGCCUUCAUCAAGGUCCACGGCAACCAAAGCGUCCUGGCUUCCAGCGAGGCAGGAAGUGAUGGCAUGCUCGUGGUCAACUUCCUUUACCGGCCGGGCACCUUGGUGAUCAUCACAGCCUCCAAACAGGAUUACAUCACCAACUCCGUGCCCUGGCAUGCCAACCGCAUCCCUUUGUAUGCAUCUGUCAGUCUGUACCUGCUGACUGAGAGGCCAGGCACCCUCAUCCUCUAUGAUGACAUCAUUCAGGUGUUUCGUGGUUCCCCAGGGGUGAGAAACCAGCCUCGGGUCCAGCUGCAGAGGCGAUCGCUGACGCUCAACUCCUCCUACGCCGACGUGUCGGCAGUCCUCACCACCACCAUGGCGCAUGACGAGCUGGCCAGCUUCCCUUACCUGCUGGGGGUGGAGGUCAACAGCACAGGAGGGGAGAGUGGCUGGAUGGAGCUGACGGCGGUGGCAGCGGUGAGCGCCCAGCUGUUUGACCGCGAGGGCCGAGCCGUGCCGGUCACAGAGUCGUUCCACAUGUCCAUCCCGCUGCCCUCCGACUCACGCCUCCGCAGCCCCACCAGCAUACCUGUGUGGGUCUACCACAGCACGACAGGUGUGUGGCUGAGGAAUGGGACAGGCUACAUUAAGAGAGAGGGUUCCCAGCUCACCUGGGAGUUCAUGGCCUCCAAGCUGGGAUACUGGGUGGCGGCUUUCCCCUCUACUGCAGGGUCCGGCCUGGGUCACCCGGGACUGCGGGACAUCACGGCCUACCACACGCUCUUCCUGCUGUCCAUCCUGGCCUCGCUGGCCCUGCUCGUGCUCGUCCUGCUCUGUGUGCUCCUCUACUACUGCAGGAGGCGUUGUCUGAAGCCGCGUCGUCAGCAGGGGAAACUCCAGAGCUCUGCGGCUCUGAACGGCUCGAGGCGAGACCAGGGCACGUCCAUGUCCCGCCUCAACCUCAUCUGCGGCGGGCACGCCGAGCCAGGCACGUCCAGUGGCGACCAGGACGCUAUCCGGUCCGACGCGUCGCCCUCCAGAGACCACAAGAGCGCCCGUGACGAGUUCUCCAAGCACGUGCCAGCGCACAAGCUGCGCCACUCCAAGAGCAAGGGCCCCAAGGGGGGGGCGAAGGGCGAGAGCUUCCCCAUGAAGGUGCACCGCGCCACGGAGACCGUCUCGCUGGAGCCCCCCGUCAUCCGCGAUGAGUACGGACGCGUCUACGCAGCCGGCGAAGACAAAGACGCGGAAUACCACCGGAGAAACGUCGCCAACGACAACCGCGGGUACACCUCGGAGCCGCCGUCUCCGCCGCCCGACAAGCCUCCGGAAUAUUCCCAGCUGUCCCAGGCGGCCGACCACCUGGCCCGACCCACCUCCCUGAACACCCAGCCGGGCCAGAUCAUCUUCUGCAGCUCGCUGGACCAGAUGAAGGAGAACAUCUACCGCAGCAUGGUCCCCACGCUGGUCAUCCCGGCCCACUACAUGCGCCUGUCGUCCGAGUUCGGCUCGGGAGAAGCGGGCAAAGAUGGUCAGCCCGCGUCGGAGCGGGACAAGGAUGCGCAGGGAGGAGCCAGCGGCGGGGGCCACCAGGGUCAAGGGUCGCAUCAGCAGGCCCAGCAGGGAGGCUCGUCGUCACCGGACGACUCGGAGGGCAGCAGCUGGGCGUCCACGGGGCCGGGCGGCUCGGUCCACAUCCCGGUGCUGUUCAACGACUCCACCAUGGCACAGAUGAACGGCGAGCUGCAGGCGCUGACGGAGAAGAAGCUUCUGGAGCUCGGCGUGAAGCAGCACCCGCGCGCCUGGUUCAUCUCGCUGGACGGCCGCGCCAACGCCCACGUGCGCCACUCCUACAUCGACGUGGGCUCCGCCGACCUCGCCGGACACCACGUCAUGGGGCACGCGUCCUCGCACUCCACGCCCACCACCCUCUCCACGUCCACCCACAACACGCAGCCCAGCAGCAGCAGCAAGGACUGCAGCCCCGACACCCUCUCCCAGGAGAGCCAGGACCGCAAGCCCCUCUCCUCCGCCGCCUACUCGUCCGCCCAGCGCAAGAGCAAGGACAGCGGGAGGGACGAGCGCUCGGGCACCGGGCAUCGCAAGGGUCACGGCAGCAGCGGCGGCGUCGGCGGGGGCGGGGUCAAGCCCUACUCCAAACUGGCCUAUCAAGACGCCCUGGAGCUGAGUGGGGGUGUGGCCCGCAUGGGGGCCAGCUCUCCGCUGGAGAACCCGCUGACGCCGCUGCUGGACGAGGGCCCGGACGAUCCCCGGGGGUCACCUGUCGCCCGUAAAGGUCGCAGCCGUGGCAACAGCUCGCGCAGCAGCAACAACAGUGAGUCGCGGCGCGAUUCCGUCACCAGUCCCGAAGACGACCCUGACGACAAGGACGGGAACAAGAAGAGUCCAUGGCAACGGCACGAGGAGAGGCCGCUCAUGGUGUUCCACCCCAAGAAAUAAAACCUCGCCAUGGAGACAAAAGGUCAAUCUGGGGUCACACAGGGUCACUUUUGGCAUUUAAUCUUCUCUCUUGUCGCUGAUGAGACCAAGCCACAAAGAGAAACUGGACUUUUUCUGAAGCCUUGAGGUGAAGUCAACACAAGCACAACUAAUCCACUACUAAUCCAUUACCCAACUAUAAGGUCCAAAAGAAGAAGCUUCAGGAAACGUUCACAGUCAGCCAUCAAGAUUUUGGAAACAUCCCAACCACAUUCCCCCUCUUUCAGGCUAGUCCUACUCUUCCCUUUUUGAUGUUCACAUCCACCACAAUGAAGCACAAAAUGGAAGCUGUUUCUCCUCGCAUCAGGAAAUGCAAACGCAUCUCAAAGGCUACUUUGUUUCACUGGUCCAGCGGUGUUUUAAUCAACGAUGACUAAACAUGGCCAUUAGUGGUGACCCUCACAGACAAGUGGUGUGGAAGCCAGAGGAUCUUGUUGUUCUGGAGAAGACUGGAGAAGAUUUUUCAUUUGUUUUGGGAAGACCCACGUUUGAAAUACAUAAUUGAAAUGCAGUAUAAUAUAUAGCUAUCCCCAAAAAACACUCCUCCUCUAAACAUAUACACAGCAUCCCAUGACAAGAUGUUGACAUUGUUUUGUCUCUGUGUGCCUAAGUGCAUAUUUGUGUUAAUUUGUUGUAGUUGCUUCAUAUCAUUUUGGUACACACCUCAAUCACCAAUAUAGGUGUCUGUAUUUAUUGAGAAUUAUAUUUGAAUGGUAUUUAACAGAAUUCAAUUCUACAGUCUCACAGAAGAGUCUUUGAUUUUGCCAUGUGUUUUGGGCAGAGCUGAGUUGUCUGUGACUCUUUGAGGUUGUCUUAUACUUUUUUGAGGUUGUCACUUUUCCUGUUUGAAAUGUAGCUGGUUGCAGCGUUAGUGUUAUAUGAGUCUGUGAGUCCUGUCAACUUGCAGAUGACGGAUAGAAGUAUGACAGAAAGUGCUCAAAGCUCCUGGGACAAAUCCUGAAGGUGGUUCCAGUGGAGACCCAGAUAGAUCUGUUAAACAGGUCUGGUCCUGUUUUACGCAAGAUCUGUUCCAGAGUAGAGAAGCUAGACAGACUGUGUGAUGCAGGUGGAACUUGCAAUUUUUGUUUUUGAAAGAGGAACACUUCUAGACUAAUGUAGUUUUUAAGAAGAACACUUCUAGACUAAUGUAGUUUUUAAGGGAUUGGAUUGGUACAUAGAAAGAGAGUGUGUCAGUGCCAUUGAGACGUUUUGGCAUGAAGAUGGAUUUUGUGUUCUAUCUCAUUUGAUUAUAUUUUCAAGUUCUGGAAAAAGUAAACAAAUAUAUUGCAAUCACAUGAAACUGAACUGAGAUGCUUAAAAUGCAGAAGAUUCAUAAGGAGCAUCAGCUUUCCCCUGUUGCAUCAAAAUGACUCUCAAGUCUCUCAAGUGUUUUGACAACACAAACGGCAGGCAACACCUUUCAAAAGAUUUUGUACUUUAAUUAAUCUCUCAUAUUCACAGACAACCUUUCUUACGAGUUAAUUAGCUCAGAGCAUUUAUCGCAAACUUCCUUGUCACUGAUUUGUUUGCUUGGAGAUGCACGUCCAUAAUGGACCCUACAGUUUAAAAGAUGAAUGUAUAAACAUGAAACCAAUCCAAACGCCCCCGCCUGGCCACUGCUCUCUCUGGAAGUGCCUUGGUCCCACGCCCAGGCUGGAGGGACUGGCACGGGCAUGGGGGCAGGCGGCCUCCCUGACGAGGCGGGGAGAGGAGGCACGAGGAGAGGACAACCACCUUCUGCACUUAAGACACGCGUUCAACAGAUAGGAUGUGUCGUUGCUGUCGUGGUACAGAGACAGUAGCACGUUGGCUAUGUGUGGCUACUGAGGCAAAGAACGUCUAACGUAUACCGAUACUUUAUAUUAGGCAUAAGCCUGGCUGUGUUGUGUCUGGACAACUGAUCACAGUGUGCCACACUAAUGCAAAUGCAAACAAUCAGUGUAAUGUUCGUCUUUCUAACUGAGCUGAGUGACACUGUACGGUUUAUAUUUACAUCGUGACAAGGGAUAGGCAAACUAAAGUAUGGCCCAACAUUUUAUUUAUUAUUAUUAGACAAAAACCUUGCUAUGAUGUAUCUGGAUCGAUGAGUACAGUGCAACAAGCAUACACAAGUAUUAGUGUAACAUAUUGCUUUGUAACUUGAUUGGUUACCCUGCACGCGAUAAUCUAUUUACUUCAAGGGGUGACAAAGCGGUAUGCAAUUGAAAGAAUGACAAAGCUGUUUUUGCCAUAUUGUAGCUUUUGGUUGGACCUGGUAUUGAUGUAGAUAGCAGAUGACUGUGUGCAUUCAGUGGAGCUGGGCCAGAUGUGGGCCACGUCUGGGCCGGAGGUGGUUCAAAGCUAGCUGCUGUCUGGGGUAUAGAUGUGCUCAGAUGUGCCCUUUGACCUCUGUGUCACAACACUUAGCAAUUGUGUGCAAAGAUUCUAGAGCGGAGCGUAGCGCUUUAGAGUCUUUUAUUGUGAGUCUCAUGAAUCGAAUGGGGCGGAAAAUGCGAACUGGUAGGAACACGCUUUGCUGUUCUGGGAUUCUGUGUAUAUGUAUCAUAGAUUAUAUGUGCAUGAUAUAGGCCACUGUGCAUAGAGUAGCAUUUGAUCAUCAGGCAUCGUUAUGUGGUGGAAACAUUCUUCUGCAUGCUGGUGGAGACCACAAGUCACGUCACAUCAGCACUGAGUUCAGUUGCCCAAGUACUGAAAUGUCCCCAAGUACUGAAAUGUCCCCAAGUACUGAAAUGUCCCCAAGUCAAGAUGCCAAGUUGAAGUGGAGGAGUCCUUCUGAAGCCAUUGAUUUCUUUCCCUUCCUCCCUCACUCUCUGUCACACGUUAAGGGCAACACCUUCAGACAUUUUAAGUCCGACGUUGUGUGCUUCUGAAGACUAAUGUCGAUAUUCAUCACUGCCAAUUUCAGUACUGUGAACUCCAUGUGGAUCCUUUCCAGAUGUUUACUCUGCUCUUCUGGUUGUUUAUUCCUCUGAUUGUUUACUCUCUCCUCUCUUUCUUUCUCUCUCUCUCUCUCACUAUCUGUUUCUUCCUUCCUUCUCUCUGUUGGUGCUCAACCUGCAGGGCUGUGUGAGGUAUAAACACACCCUUUGAUAAUCAUCUUAAAUGCAAUAUGUCACCUAAACGGAUGACUUUGUUGAACUUCACCGUGGAUGCUUUUAUGGGUAACAUUGGGGGGGGGGGGGGGGGGGCAGUAAGAGGGGGGCUGGACUGUACUUCACUUGUAAUCUCGACUGUAGCUGGUAGCGUAAGUAGUCUGAGGAUUUGCUUAAGGAGAUCUGCUGAAUUUCUAACAAUCAUUUCUUACCUGGAAUGGAUGGAGAGCCAGCACUGUGUCUGAGAACAUCUCAGAACCCCAACCUCUUCCUGGAAGGCUUUUCAGCCAGCUCACAUGUUUCCGGUGGAAUGUCAGCUGUGUUGUAGGGGCUAUUGUGUUAGUGUACCUGUUUACACAGACCCGGCUCGGUGUUGCACAGAGUUAAGUUGAAAAAGGAGCUGCACAUAAGUUGGACAUAAAUAACAUACUUAUCGUCCCAGUGAGAACAGAAGGGGCAGAAUAUGACAGAAGGUGCCGUAACAACACAGCUGACGCUCCACUGGAGACAUAUGAGCUGUCUACAGAGCCCUCUGUGACAUAUAGUCCAUUCCCUCAGAGCUACAGGAUGGAGUGCAGAUGAUUGAGGAAGCUCACAGUGUGGUAAUAACUAUGGGCACCUGGGUCUGGCCCAGUAGCCCUGGCCUGGAAUCCAGCCAUGAUUCUGGAAUCCACCCAUGAUUCUGAAAGCUGGAUGAUGCUGUAAUAUCAGCUUUCACUAUGAUUAUGAUGAUGGUCUUGGAUAAACCCCAUUUCCCAACCCAACAAAUCUGCAUCAGUGGCAGGAAGCUGUCAAAAUAAAACGAUUUUGUAAUUCCUAAAACCAGACUGACAAAGUAGAAGGGCAUCCAAUAUUGUUAAAAACAAACAAACACAUAAUCCCAUGUUAUGACCUCAGAGUUAAAACAAUCGUGGUCAUUUUACAUCAAAACCUCUUUUGAUAUUUGAAUCAAAUGAACCAUCAUUACUAGAAAUUAACUAUGUUACAGUCAAACUGCUUCACUACAAUUUGGGCUCUCUCACACACACACACAAACACACACACGAUUUGCACGUCAGUGUGGGUCCGUCUUGUAGCCUUGACCCACCACUGCACGCUCCAUCCCACAAAGGUGGUACAAUGCCACCCAUUGAAUUUCUAAAGCACUCUACACUGUGUUUUGCUAUAGCUGAAUUGAGCUAUAAUAAUGAGUAUAAUGAAUAUGCUUCUAUCACAUUUAUUAGUCUGGGGCAAAGUGAGCAGAAAAAAACACUUACAGACCUCAAAAUGCUCCCCACUGGAAAAUAAACAAAAGACAUUUUAAGGGUUCAUUAUCACAAAGUUCAACAUAGACAGGCAUCUCAUGAACAGGAGUCAUGGAGUGGCUUGGGCUUUACUUCCACCAACUCUGAGAAUGAUUGACAGGCAAUCACUUGAAAUCCCCUGUAUUGUUCUCCCGAUGACUGACAGCUCCUUCACCUUGUCCACACAGUGUACAUUGUUCAACUAUGUGAUGUGGUUGCGGGUGACCUUGUUUCCCAGUAUGUAAGUAGGUUUGGUUGGAUGGCAUUUUCAUACUCUGUUGUUGUGGCUAUUGUUUGCCUAAAAAAUUCAGGACAAAAAAUUAGCCAUUUCACUUGACUGGUUGGCUUAAAGUAAUGGGAUUCUAUUGAAAUUUUAAGUGAGAAGAUAAAAUAAAUAAAUUCAUUGAUAAGCAUUCAGUGAAAACUAUAUAGCCUAAUUGUUUGUAAAAAAAAUAUGAUAUAACUUAUGACAUUUGAUUCUGUACAUUCAUAAAAA